AUGGGUUUCAAAUCCCUCUUCUCCAGGAAUAAGAAAUCCAGUCCCGACGUCGCCGCUGCCCACGCUGACGUCCCUGCUGCCCACGCCGACGUCGCCGCUGCCCACGCCGAUGUCGUUGCUACCCACCCCGCCGCCUCCGCUGCCCACCUCGCUGCCUCCGUCAUCGUUUCAGCCUACUCGCGAACCCAUAUCAUCGAGCUCGACCAAGUUUUCAAGAAAUUCGACGUCAAUGGCAACAAAAAGAUCUCGUCUUCCGAGCUCGGAGCCAUCAUGAGCAGCCUGGGGCAGCCGUCCUCCGACGAGUAG